AUGAGUUGUCAGAGCUCCUGCAAAUCUCGUGGGAGAGGAGGAGGUGGCGGAGGCUUUCGAGGCUUUAGCAGCGGCUCGGCCGUGGUUUCCGGAGGGAGCCGAAGAUCGGGCUCGGGCUUCUCCUGCAUCAGCCGCCACGGUGGCGGCGGCGGGGGCUCCGGCGGAGGUGGCUUUGGCAGUCGGAGUCUUGUUGGCCUUGGAGGAUCUAAGAGCAUCUCCAUGAGCGUGGCUGGAGGAGGCGGCAGUGGCUUUGGAGGCGGCGGUGGCUUCGGACGUGGUGGUGGCUUCGGAGGCGGCAGCAGCCUUGGCGGCGGCAGUGGCUUCAGCGGUGGCGGUUUUGGCGGAGGCCGCUUUGGAGGUGGUGGUGGUGGCUUUGGGGGACCUGGUGGCUUCGGGGGACCUGGUGGCUUCGGGCCUGGAGGAUUUCCUGGUGGAGGCAUCCACGAAGUGUCCAUCAAUCAAAGUCUCCUGCAGCCUCUCAACGUGAAGAUCGAUCCGGAGAUUCAGAAUGUCAAGUCCCAGGAGCGGGAGCAGAUCAAAACACUCAACAACAAAUUUGCCUCCUUCAUUGACAAGGUACGGUUCCUGGAGCAGCAGAACCAGGUGCUGCAGACGAAAUGGGAGCUGCUGCAGCAAAUGGAUGUCGGCACGCGCACCACCAACUUGAACCCUCUCUUCGAAGCCUACAUUUCCAGCCUGAAAAAAAGCGUGGAUGGGCUCACUGCAGAAAGAACAUCACAAGAUUCGGAGCUGAGCAACAUGCAGGAUCUUGUUGAGGAUUUUAAGAAGAAGUAUGAGGAUGAAAUCAACAAGCGUACAGGUGCUGAGAAUGAUUUUGUGACAAUUAAAAAGGAUGUGGACAAUACUUACAUGGCUAAGGUGGAGCUACAGGCCAAGGUGGACGUGCUGAGUCAGGAACUGGAGUUCACAAAAACCCUCUAUGAUAUGGAGCUGUCCCAGAUGCAGCAGUGUAUCACUGAUACAAAUGUCAUUCUGUCCAUGGACAACAACCGCAACCUGGACCUGGACUCCAUUAUUGCUGAAGUUCGCUCACAGUAUGAGGACAUUACUCAGAGGAGCAAGACUGAGGCUGAAGCCCUCUACCACAGCAAGUAUGAGGAGCUCCAGGUGACAGCUGUGAAGCAUGGAGACAGUUUGAAGGAGAUCAAGAUGGAGAUCAGUGAGCUGAACCGCAUGAUCCAGAGACUGCAAGGAGAAAUCUCUCACGUGAAGAAGCAGUGUAAGGGUGUGCAAGAUUCCAUCGCGGAAGCUGAGCAGAAGGGAGAGCAUGCCCUCAAAGAUGCCAGGAACAAGCUCACAGAGUUGGAGGAGGCUCUGCAGCAGGCCAGGGAGGAACUGGCCAAGCUGCUGCGCGACUACCAAGACCUCAUGAGUACCAAGCUGGCCCUGGAUAUAGAGAUUGCCACCUACCGCACACUGCUGGAGGGUGAAGAGGAACGGAUGUGUGGCGAUGUCAACAGCAAUGUGACUGUGUCUGUGACAAGCAGCAGCAUGUCUUCAAGUGUGGCUUCAAAGGCCGGCUUUGGAGGCCAUGGGUCUGGAGGAAAAGGAUCCGGUUAUGGAGGAGGAGGAUACAGCUCUGGAAGUGGCAGCCACGGCUCCGGAGGCAGAGGAUCUGGCUCCCGUGGCAGCAGUGGGGGCGGCUAUGGGUCUGGAGGUGGCUCCAGAGGAGGCUCUGGAUCCGGAGGAGGAUACAGCUCUGGAGGAGGAUAUGGUGGCUCUGGAGGAGGAUAUGGCUCUGGAGGUGGCUCCAGGGGAGGUUCUGGUUCUGGAGGAGGAUAUAGUUCUGGAGGGGGCUCCAGGGGAGGGUCUGGCUCCCGAGGAGGCUCUGGCACUGGAGGAGGAUACGGCUCUGGAAGAGGCGGUUCUGGCUCUGAAAAGGGUGGUACAGAAGAAGGUUGUGGUUCCAGCGUGAGCUUCUCUUUCAGAUAA